UUCUUCUUUCCGCCAUUCGGAGGAGAGAGAGCAAGAGAGAGAGGGAGAGGGGGAAAGAAACAGUAGUCGGAGCUGUAGUUGGAGCAGAAGUAGUAGUAGGAGUAAUCUCUGAUAUUUCUCGUGAUUUGCAUUUCAACCCUUUUCUUCUCUCUCUCUCUCUCUCUCUCUCUCUCUUCAUUCACUCCUCUUCCUCAACCUCUAACCAAACCUACCUUCCUUCUCUCGUGUUCCCUAACCAGUAGACUACCCGAAAGCCCAGAAAAGCCUCUCUCUUUCUCUCUCUGUCUCUCUGCUGAAGAAUUCGAACACUUGUUAGUUUUUCUGUCCGUGACGCCACGCCUCUUUCCGUUCAAGAAAGGGCGUUUUUUUUUCCUUUACUUACUUUGUGGCUGGUUUUCGAUCCGUCUGUGUUUUCUGGGACCACUCUGAUCUUGUUCUGGAUUUGAAUGCUUCAACUUUGAAGGGGCCAUUUAAUUUUGCAAGCAACUAUGAUUGAAGGAAGCUCCAGAAUAUAUGUGGCGUGUUUUCUAAUUUCUGUGCUUCUCCCUAUUCGAAAUUCUUCUCUUGAAUUGGGUUAGAGUUACUUUGCAAGGCCGUGUCUAACUUUUGUGGAAGUUUGGAUGAAUCUGGCAAAAAUGGGCACCUUACCCAGUACUAGUGAAAUUGUUGAAUCAACAGAAGAAUCUGAUUCUCAAUUGAAAGUGGAUGAGCAAACUGGAAAGCACUGCAUGUCAGACUCAGGAACUAAGUAUUCUAUAGAAGAUGACAUUAAUUGCCUUUUCCAGGCAAUUGACCUCAGAACUAAAGCUAGAAGGUUGGGUCAGUCGCAUGAAAUAGGAGACCCAUUGAGAAAGAGUGCACAAAAAAGGCCAAUGAGAGUUAGUUCCUCCCAUUCAUCGGGAAUUGGAAUAUCAGAGCCUGUGAGUUUGAAGCAAGCUCUAAGAGGACUAUGCAUCUCCCAGGCAUCAGAGAUGGCUGCUAUGAAGCGAUUAUCUAAGCCAGCCAGUUCGCCAAGGGUCUCGGAAGCGGGGACUAUCAAAAGGUUGUAUAGGGCAGUGGUUGUUGAGGCUGAUGGAUCCGGUGUUGUGACAAAAGGAGGCAAGGGGAAUUUGAUGGAAAUCACUCUUGUACCAGAAGAAAACAAAUCAAAACUUUCUCGUAUGAUGCCUGAAUCCAUGCAAGUGCCAGAAGCAGAGUUAUCAAAAGAAAGGGUUCAUCCUUCUACUUUGUCUGAUAAAAUAAUGCCAGAGGCAAUGAUGACUGGAUUUCCAUCACAUGGUCAGAUUGUUCCUUUGCAGACACAGGUUGGGGGUGAAAUUUUGAAGGCAGAGGUUGGAAAACUGAAUGCUGCUGAAUCUUCAAUCACUUAUACUGGCCAGGGAUUGGAUGCAGCUGCUCCCACCUCGGUAGAAGUUCCAAGCGAAACUCCAAUAGUAGAUGGGGGGCAGAAAGGUAAGUUGCAUUCUCUGACUUCCUUAUCUAGCUUCGGCAGUGCCACUAGGAUAAGCAAAUGGACAAGUAGUAGUCCGCAUUUGAUGAAGCCAGUCUUUGGGAACAAGAACUCUGUUAACAAGAAAAUAAAGCAGGAUUCAAAUUCUGCCUCAAGCAGUUGCAAUCCAUGUAAUGGAAAAGUUGAGGAUGAUUUGGUUCCUAGUACAAGUAAUUUAGACAAUCAGAAGCAAACUUAUUCUAUGGAGCAUGAUGGGAAACUUAACGAGAAAGCUUCUCCAGCAUCCAGCAGUUUGAAUCUUAACGUUGAAGUCAAUUCAAGUACUAUGGACACAGGCUCAAGCAAAUCUGGUUUUGUUUUGAAUUGCACCAACAGAAGUAAAUCUCUAGUGAUAAAAGCUGAUGAGAGAUCAAGGUCAAGAGAAAAGGGGGAGUUCUCCCAAAGCUCAAAAAGUAGCAUUGGUGACUAUAGCAGUAGCACAACGAAUAGUGAGGAAAGCAAUGCGUGUGGUUCUAGUCGUAGUGGCAAAAGGCCUCACAUGUCGAAAGACUUGAGAUGGGAAGCCAUCCGCAGUGUUGAGAAACAGCAAGGAAGCUUGAGUUUGAGGCACUUCAAGCUGCUCAGGAAGCUUGGUUGUGGGGACAUUGGAACUGUUUAUCUUGCUGAGCUAACUAGUACAAACUGCCUAUUUGCAUUGAAAGUGAUGGAUAAUGAAUUCCUGGUUAGCAGGAAAAAAAUGCCCAGGGCCCAAACUGAGAGAGGGAUACUCCAAAUGCUGGAUCAUCCUUUUCUUCCUACCCUGUAUGCCCAUUUUGCAACAGAGAAGCUCUCAUGCUUGGUUAUGGAGUAUUGUCCAGGUGGAGACUUACAUGUGCUGCGGCAGAAGCAACCAAGCAGAAAUUUCUCUGAACUAGCUGCCAGAUUUUAUGUCGCUGAAGUCCUGCUUGCACUGGAGUAUUUACACAUGCUAGGAGUUGUGUAUAGAGAUUUGAAACCGGAAAAUAUUCUGGUCCGAGAAGAUGGUCACAUCAUGCUCUCAGAUUUUGACUUGUCACUCAGAUGUUCUGUCAAUCCAAUGGUGGUUAAAUCAUCUUCUCCCGUAGUGGAGCCCCCAAAAAAGAUGUCAAGUCCAUGUACCGAAUCCAGCUGCAUUGACCCAUUUUGUCUCCAACCCUCCUGGCAAGUCCCAUGCUUCACUCCUAGACUUAUAUCUGCUGCAGCAAAAGCUCGGAAGAUAAAAGCAGAUCUAGCUGCCCAGGUCAGCCCUCUGCCACAGCUUGUUGUGGAGCCAACGAAUGCCCGAUCAAACUCCUUUGUAGGUACGCAUGAGUACCUUGCUCCUGAGAUCAUCAAAGGUGAGGGUCAUGGGAGUGCGGUUGAUUGGUGGACUUUUGGAAUUUUUCUGUUUGAGAUGUUAUACGGUAAGACACCCUUCAAGGGUUCAGGAAAUGAGGAAACAUUGUCUAAUGUGGUGUCUCGGAGCCUCAGAUUCCCAAGUAGCCCUAUAGUUAGCUUCCAUGCAAGAGAUUUGAUCAGAGGCCUAUUAAUCAAGGACCCUGAGAAUCGGUUAGGAUCUGUGAAAGGAGCUGCAGAGAUCAAGCAUCAUCCUUUCUUUGAAGGGCUUAAUUGGGCUCUGAUACGUUGUGCAGUACCCCCAGAGCUACCGAAGUCUUCUGAUAUUGAAUUUGCUGCACUGAAAAAGGAGAGUACCAAGUGUAAUGAGCUUGAGGCUGCAGGAGGAGAGUACGUGGAGUUUGAACUAUUCUAGUUAGAAGACCGUUUUCUUUUCUUAACUUUUCCAUCCUUUGUUGCAACUGAUAAUAUAGCUUAUAAUGUAAAUAAUCUAUAGCAGUGCGGAAAAUUACAGAUUUUUAUAUGUCAAUACUGAAUCAGAGUAGCUGAGAGUCUGAAAAAGGGAAUUUAGGGGAGCAUUUUUCUUAGUUGCUCGCUUGCUCUGGCCUUGUUCA